GCUGUUCCUUGAAGAAUUUGCUACUAGAAAAAAAGGCAAAAUGUUGAGGUUAUCGUAAUUACAUAGUGCACAGCAAAAAUUUAUUUGCAAAAUGAGUAUAUUAUUACAUAUCACCUUAAAUUCAACUGCUAAUAUUUUUCGGACAAGCACCUGUCGUUUGCUACAUCGUACAUCAUUUCUUUCGCAAAACUUAAAGCCGCCGGUUACUCAUAAAGCACUAUCAUUGUUAAAUAAACCUACAAUUACUCUGAGAACACCGGCACGUAAUCGCUCCUCGCCCGCUUUUAAUGUGAACACAAAUGUUUCGAAGGAUGUGGUACUUUUCAAAUACGAGAACCCAAAAUAUUACAAUGUGUUGAACAUCUUUGGAUUGUGUCAAUUUGUAUUUUGGACUUAUCUGUCGCAUUUUGCAUUUACAACCCUUAAAGAUGCUCCAGUGCAGGAAAUACCUGGCGAAGAGUUAGCCUGGUAUCAAAAAAUAAACUUAGGCGAAAACAAAUACAGAAAUGGCAUCACAACAAUCUCCUUCUUAAUAGGGUAUGGUAUUCUGUGUGCCACCUGGUUGUUCACUUUGCGUUCGGUGCGUUAUCUUAUACUACGUAAAGGUGGAAAAGAUGUUGCGUUUGUUACCUAUGGCCCAUUUAAUAGAAACAGGAUAAUGACCGUGCCACUGAAAUGUAUUUCUGCACAGGAAUCUCGUGAAACAGCACGCAAUCAAUUGCCUAUCAAAGUGAAAAAUCGUGCACUAUAUUACGUGCUUGAUAUGCGUGGAGAGUUCCGAAAUCCUCAACUAUUUGAUUUUACAGCAGGUUUGAAACGUAAGGUUGAUUGAAAUAAAUUGACUGGUACUGUUAUUUUUUAGUUAAUAUAAAGUGUUUAUUUACUCAUAUUUAAGCCUUAGUUAAUAAAAUAUGUUAUGCAUAUUUGAA